UUUCAAAUUGGAAUGAAUCCAGAUGCUAGUCAAUUUCAAAUCGGAAUGAAUCCAGAUGCUAGUCAAUUUCAAAUUGGAAUGAAUUUAAAUACUAGUCAACCUUCAAUUGGAAUGAAUUCAGAUGCUAGUCAAUUUCAAAUUGGAAUGAAUCCAGAUGCUAGUCAAUUUCAAACCGGAAUGAAUCCAAAUGCUAGUCAAUUUCAAAUCAGAAUGAAUCUAGAUGCUAGUCAAUUUCAAAUCGGAAUGAAUUCAGAUACUAGUCAACUUUCAAUCGGAAUGAAUUCAGAUACUAGUCAACCUUCAAUCGGAAUGAAUCCAGAUGCUAUUCAAUUUUCAAUCGGAAUG